CGUCUGUCCCUCCGCUGCUAGCACAGUUAGCACUAGCACGUUAGCCCCCAGCAGCUGUUGGUGGCAGUCAGUCAGCCAGUCGGAGUCGUGGUGCAUUUGUAAUCCUCCUCCCUCCCGUAGAAAAAAACCGCAGACGGUUCGGUUGUUUCUUAGGGAGCCAGCUGCUUCACUUCUCCGGGCUACCUGCGGUAAAACAUUGUUGUCCUCGCCGUCACGACAGGAAGAAGCUCUGGGACAUGGCCAGACCAGAACAAGUCCUGGUGCUAGAGCCACAACACGAACUGAAAUUCAGAGGCCCGUUUACAGAUGUCGUUACUGCCACUCUGAAGCUCACCAACCCCACAGAUAGAAAUGUGUGUUUCAAAGUCAAGACUACCGCACCUCGCAGAUACUGUGUGCGCCCAAACAGUGGCAUCAUUGACGCUGGAACCUCCAUCAACGUUUCUGUUAUGCUACAGCCUUUUGACUAUGACCCCAAUGAAAAGAGUAAACACAAAUUCAUGGUGCAGUCCAUGCUGGCUCCAUACGACAUGACUGAUAUGGAAGGAGUUUGGAAAGAGGCGAAACCUGAAGAGCUGAUGGAUUCAAAGUUGAGAUGUACAUUUGAGAUGCCUUUAGAAAAUGACAAAACUCAUGAGAGUGAAAGCAACAAAACUGUGUCUUCCUCUACCUCCUCUGUUAAGACUGAGCACCCCGCGCUGCCCAAGUCAGCCAGCGCUUCACUGGAUGACGGGGAGGUGAAGAAGAUAAUGGAGGAGUGCAAGCGGCUGCAGAUGGAGGUGCAGAGGCUACGGGAAGAAAACAAACAGAUUAGGGAGGAUGACGGGCUGCGGAAGAGAAAGGUGAUGUCAAUGGUUACUCCUCACUCCUCCGCCAUGGCGACCUCAGCCGUGAGGGAUGAAGGCCUAAGCACCCGUGUCCUGGCGCUCUGCAUGCUGUUCUUUGUCAUUGGAGUCAUCAUUGGCAAGCUGCUCCUGUAGAGACACAGACGGACAGAGCACAGAGACGGACGGACGGGUGGCGUGCUCGGGGAGGACACGUGUCAGUGAUGGCAACGGGGAUGUCUUCUGGGUUUAUGUUGAUUUAUCUUUCUAUUGUUUUGUUUUUUUGUUUUUUUUUUAACAUUUAAGGCAAUAUCAUGAUGGUUUGUCUGGAUGGAAAAUAAUUUAAUGUGUAAAAAGAAAACGAAGGAAGGCGGUCCCAAGUUAAACCAUGAGUGCGAGCGUUUUUGUCACAGGUCUUGCCUUUUUCUUUUUUUGUGAAAUGAUGACCACCUCUGAUAUGUUCUUUCCGUCCAUCCCUUCUCCCUAAAUGAUCCUCCCCAACUUGCACAGGUCACAGUUAGUGGUGUAUGGAAGUGGCUUCAAGCUGGCUGAAUGUCGAAAGUCUUUCAUUGAUUCUUUAUUGAUUUUUAAGCCUUCGAGCUCCUCACUCACAUUGUCUAUAAGAAAUGUAUAACACUCCUCUCCUGAUAAUCUCUCUUCCACUUAUUACUCAUAAUCUGCAAGGAGAAGUGAACACAAGUGAUCGGUGAAAGACUUUUAUCCUAGACUCAGACCCUGUGUGUUGUCUUCUGAACAGUAUGUGGUAAAAAUGUGAGCCAGUAGAAGCCAUGCAUGUGUGUGUCAUGUUGAUUUUGCCUCCUGCAGGAGGGCUGAUGUGACUGCGUGUGGAUGUUUUUAUGAGGAGACCACAAACGGCGAAAUCACAGGCUGUUUCAGAACAAAGGAAGAUGGGUGGUGUAAAAAAAAAAAAGAAAAAACUGUCCUCUGAACAGAUUACCUGUGCACAACAGAAAAAUGGGGGUUUUUGAUUAUAAACUUAAUGAUUUAAGUCAGAAUUCAAUAAAUCAAUUUUGGGGCCAUUUGUAAAAUUAUAACCUUGUAAAAUCAAUAUUAUGAUAAAGAAUUGAUGCUGCACAGCGAUCUAGUUCAAAAACAAAGCUGUAGUCUAUUUCAAGGCAUGAGAUUUUCCAAGUUAACACUUUGACAAUUUCUUCCUCAGGUUGCAGGAGAGAAGAGUGGCACUAGACUAAAAACAGACCCAGAAAAAUUUCCCCCUUAAACCAGUGAACUUGUCAUGCAAAACCAACUCAAUAUACAAUAUCCACUAUGUAACAAUAGUUUUGGCCAAUGUUGUAUUUGCGUCCUUUAGUGUAUUACAGCAGUUGUUUGCUUUUUUUCCCUUAUAUUAUCAUGUAGCCACGAUGCUUCUGUUGUUUAUAAUAUUCAAAUGCACUAUAUUCAAGUGUUCACUCUGCAGUCUGCAUGAAAUUACCUGGGUUUAUUUUGAUUAUUAUUAUUUUGUUUGAGUGUUGAAGUUAUAAUAGAAAAACAAAAAAAUACUGUCUUUACAAAAGGGACCAUCUUGAGUCUGGUUUAUCAGUUUGUGUGUGUUUUUGUUCCUUUUCCAUCAUCUUUUUCUUUUAUUUCCUGUUGGGCUCUGGUGGUUGUGAGAUAACAGAGACAACACAGCUGUAUUAUCUCCAUUAUCACGUGACCAGCUCACCAAACUUCUUGGUUGUUUAAAAAAAAGAAAGGAGAAAAAAAAGAGAUUAACCAUCUGUAUUUUUCGUUGCCUGAGGGAGCAGAGAGGAGGGGAUGUGGGCGGCUGGGAGGAGGACUGACCUGUGAAUACACACUACAUUGAAGAAAAAACAUGGCAUCAACGCUUCAGACCACAUGCAAAGAUACAGUCACACAACAAUGUAAUCAAACAGUAAUUGGAUACUCUUUUGUAUGUACAUAAAAAUAAAAAUACUUAAAAAGAUAACUGGCAAAGUUAUUAACAUACUGUAGUAAGGAAGAAAAUAAUUAAACAACCACCAUGGUUCAUGUAGCAUCAUAAUGAAUUAAAAUACAUAAACCCCCAA